AUGUCGACCAUGAGCAGAUCCCGGACGAGUCUUUCGCCCGCCACCUCUGAAAGAUCGACUCUUCCUAUGGGCGCAUCCGCCGACCCUGACAGCCCGGAGUUCAUACCUCUAGAGCCGACGAGGGAGGAACUGCUUGCACAUUACUUCGAGCGAUUCAAGUUUUACACAUCGCUCUGCUUAGGCACUUCAGCCAUACUCGCCGUCUUCGCUUUCCUUUUCCUGAUCCCCUUCGUGGUAGAGCCGGCGAUCCAGACUAUACUGGCAGAGUUCGCACCAGAAGCCGGUAUAUGUGCUGUGUCAGAACACGCCUACGCGAAGACUCUGACCAAUUGUACGUGGGCAUCCUGCCGCGAAGGCUGCACAACAACUCCCACCAAGUGCCACAAAAUCCGCGUCAAUCUACUCCGACAGCCUUUUGUGGAGAACGCACCAGUACCAACUGAAUGGGAUGCAACAGAUUUAAAGUUCCUGAUAAAUCCAGAAGGUUGUGGCUAUCCACCUAGAGUUAACUGUUCAGAGUUUGCAAGCGAUUACGCUGGGAAGAAGUCUCCUAAGGUGUUCCCUUGCUAUUAUAGUCAGACGCGGCCGGAGUUGGUUGUAGCGAGAUACUCCUGGGACUCGACGAUUCGCGGAUUGAUCUUGGCGUUGGUGUUGCCAACUACGGUCUUCGUGAUCAGUUUAAGUGUCCUCGCCUAUUGGCACUGCCACUGCUGUGACAGGGCCUGCAAUAGACGAGUUCACGCCGAAUCCUACGCUAGCAAAGAGGACAGCAAGCUCCUAUGCGAACUGGACGAAGACCCCAGUGACGACGUGUUCUGACGCCAGGUCACCACCACCGCUCGCCGCCGCGCCUCGCCCCGCUCUGAGAACUACACUCAGCUCUGAACUAGCACGCACUGACUGAGCGUAUGCUGUCAUGAACACUGACCGUCAGAAAAUGCCAUUUUCCUCCCUCUGUGACACAAAAGUCAGAGUUAACAAAGAUAAGUCGGUUCUUCAAUCUAAUCAUUCUAUUGCAAUGCUAAAAAGGCCGUUUCCUUGCCUCUGUGACACAAAAGUCAGAGUUAACAAAGAUAAGUCGGUUCUUCAAUCUAAUUAUUUUAUUGCAAUGCUAAGAAUGCCAUUUUCUUGCCUCCGUGACACAAAGACAGAAAUAUAACGGUGACUAGUGUUGUUUUUAUCGUUUAGUAUGAUAAUGAUUCUUUUGCACAAUAAUGAGCAUUUACAUAAAUUGAAAAUAAGGGCAAAUGUCAUUUUCCUCCCUCUGUGAUACAAAUUCGGAGAUAUUACUUACAAAGAUGGCUAUGUUUUUAUCAGUUCGUUCAUUAGGGUAGGUAUAUUAUAAUAAUUCUUUUCAUAAUCGUGAACGUUCACAGAAUCUCAACAACUCAACAUCAAGAAAAAUACCAUUUUACCUCUCACUGUGAUACAAUGCCAGAGAUAUUACUAAUACAGUCACUUGUGUGAUUAAUGGAACGCAAAUCAGAUAACGAUACUUUAUAAGUGCUGUCACAAAAACUGAAUGAGGAAGAAAAUUACAUUUUUCCUUCCCUGCAUGACACAAAGUCAGAAAUAUUACUAAGACAGUCUUUCAUCUGUGUUAUUAUUGGUUAUCAUUUAAUGAUACUUUUGUACAAUAUAUUUUGACAGCUUUUGAUUGCACAUCGGGAGGCACUAUUUGCCCAGAAGUGCAGUCGUGUUUUUUGUUUCAUCAUCAUCAUAUCAGCCGAUGGACGUCCACUGCAGGACAUAGGCCUUUUGUAGGGACUUCCAAAAAUCACGAUACUGAGCCAACUGCAUCCAGCGAAUCCCAAAUUACGACUCGCUUGACGUCGUAAGUCCACCUGGUGGGGGGUCGGCCAACACUGCGCUUACUAGUGCGGGGUCGCCAUUCCAGCACUUUGGGACCCCAACGUCCAUCGGCUCUUCGCACUAUGUGCCCCGCCCAUUGCCACUUCAGCUUCGCAACUCGUUGAGCUAUGUCAGUGACUUUGGUUCUUCUGCGGAUCUCCUCAUUUCUGAUUCGAUCACGCAGAGAUACUCCUAACAUAGCUCGUUCCAUCGCCCGCUGUGUGACUUUGAGCCUUCUUAUGAGUUUUUUGUUUAGUUAUAAUUAUCUUAAUUUUUAAGUUAAUUUAGUUUUAACUAUUUCUGUCCAGUCUUAAGCUGAAUAAAUGAGUUUUAUUAUCAUUAUUAUUAUUUCAACAUUAACUACAAAUUUGAAAACAUGCUGUGAUGUUAUUUUUUAAGAAUGAUCAGGGAUUAAUAACACCAUUAAUAUACAUAUCACGCUAUUAUAUUUGUCAUACAAAAAGUUAAAUGAUACAAUUUCAGCAUUCUUUCAGUCUGGAUAACAGCAUACGCUCAGUUUAUAUGCAUUACAUACUUGUACAAUAUAUUCGUAUAUAGGAAACGCCGAAAAAUAUUGGCAAAAGGGGAAAUGUAGCACAAAUGCUUACUUACGAAAAGAUUGGAACUUCGGCUUUCGGCUCAACGCCUCAUUUGAACGGUUAAAAUUUUUAAGUUACCUUUAAGUUAUAUUUUUACCUUAUAAUAGUAAUUUGAUGUUAUAAUAAGUGAUACUCUAUCAGGAUAUAACUAAAAUAAACAUAUUUUAAUUAAUUACAAAACAUAUUUUAAUUAAAUAUUACGUUAAAUAGUUUAUUUACGUUAAAACGUAAUUGCAGCGAAGCUUUGCGAGGUUAAAUGUGUAUAUAAAUAAAAAAACAGCGUCUCUUUAUUCUAAAUUGGAGCUAGGCCGGGUAGGUUUAAGAUCAUUUUUAUAUUUUGCCUUUAAACAUUUCUUUUUGUAUCUAUAUUAUGUCAAAAGUUUAGUGGUUAAGCAUUAGGGAUGUACUGAAAUUCGGCUCCUUUGACUGUAGAUAUUCGGCCGAAUAUUCGGUAUUCAGUGUUUAAUUUUGUAAACUACUUACCUAUAUUACACGUUACAAAAUAUAAACUGCAUACCUACUCAUAUUUUAACGUAAAUAAUAUUUACAAAGAGUAAUUUUGUAUUUCAGUUUAUUUACUAUAUAUUUAUUUACAAAAUAUUAUGAAUUUAAAAGAAAAUAUUUAAAAAAUACCCGCCAUUUAAUUAUUUAUUCAUCAAUUAUCAAUAUACUGACCCCUCAGGAUGUCAAAGUUUAUCCUUUGGUACAAAAACGCUUUGGUAAACAGACGCAUGGAGCUAUUUGUUAGACAUUAGAGAUUUAUUAAUAACUGUUUUGAGGUUCUGUAGGAGCCUAAAGUCAUGCAAGCGCCGCAAAUAUUAAAGUAUUUAAAUUUAUUUAAUAAAACUAAUAUAUAUGUUUUAAAUAAUUGUCUAUUACUAAUCUUAAUUAUUUUAAAACCAAAUAAUUAACAAAUAAAACAAUUUUUUAUUACGUACGAAUACUUCGAUCGAAGCAGCGGAAUUUCAUAAUUCCGAAUAUUCGGCUAAACUCUAUAUUCGACGGGACGGUUGGUCCAUCACUAAUAUACAUUCUAGGUACUAAGUGUGGACAUUAUUGCUGAGUACUCAAAAUCAUAUCGCUUUAACUUAAAUUAUAUUUUAAUUUAAUUAUUUUCUAUUGACACAUUAUAUGGAUUGUAAUGUAUAAAAAAUAUUUAUCAUAGUUGUAUUUUUAUUCUUAUGAAAUCACAUUAAGGAUAUAAUAAGCUCAAAUGUUCAAAAUAAUAGAUAACUAUGUUAGUUUUAGAUACAAUAUAAAUUCAAAUACCAAAAAUACUGUUUAAUAAAUUAACAAAACUAUAUUACAAUUUUGUUAGUUGCGAUUAAUAUUGAUGUAACUAAAAUAAUUAAAUUAGUAUACACUGGACUUAUUUUCUUUUGCAUAAGAUGUAAUUAUUAACUCAUUAUUGUAAUUUUUAGCGCAAUAACCGUAGACAGAGAAGUAACUAGACAAAUAAAUAGCAUCCAUCACAUUCCCUAAAAACAAAACUACGAGUAAAUAAAGUUUGAUAGAGGUGUCAUGUGACGCAUGUCUUGUUUUUCUGGCCAAACAAGUUUGACAAAAUGUGUCAAUUUUGUAUCUACAUAAAUAGACUUACAUUACAUUAUUAUUAAUUCAUAAAAUAAAUGUAGCGUGAGCACAGAAUUACAAUCUCAAACUUUUUUAAAUUACAUUUACCAGUUAGCUUAAAAUAAAUUGCAGUUAGCUUAAAAUAAUUGGUUUAGUGUAUUGUGUUGUAAUUUCAAAAUCACGUCAUAAUAGAAUAUCUUUUGACUUACGACGCACGCCAAUUAGUUGUUUAUUUUUUUCUCUGUCUACGGUAAUAAUUAUUAUUAAGAUUAGUGUUCCCUCAGUGCCUGAAGACUUGUGUCUUCGAACAGUGAGUGUUGCCAGACUUUAUGGCUCUGAAUCUUUACCGAUUCUGGUAUUUGCGGAUCAUAGCAUGCUAAGAAUGUUUAUUGUAUAUUAUUGGCAUUUGAAAAACAGUAUCAGGAGUAACAAUAGUAUGUUAUGCGGAGGGAUGAAAGUUACGUAUUAUUAUAGUAUAAGAUUAAAAUGUUAAAGGGCAUUGCUCAAAUUGGCAUAUGAAACAACAAACAUAAAUAUAAUUAUAAUUCAUAGCUUAUAAUAUUUAACCUUUAUACAAUUACUACUUAAUGAAUAAUGCAGAAAACAGUUCUGUUUGAGGGACUUCUAAGCACAUCCGUUCUGAGAUGCCUGCAUCCAGCGUCUUACUAAUUUCGUCACAUGGGGAGUCGACAAACAUUGCACUUUCCAUAAAGGAUCGCCAUUCUUACACCUUGGGAUCCCAUCAGUUCUUCAAACUAUUUGCUUCGGCCACUUCAGCUUUGCGACUCGUUAAGCUUCGUCUAAACUCUGAUUCUUCUCCGGAUCUCCUCAAUUCUGAUCUUAGAUCGCUCCAUCGUCCACUGAGUGACAGCAUUCGUAUAACUUCUUCAGAAUAUUAUAAAUAAAAUAUUAUAAUUAUAAAAAGUGUCCGUUCAAUUUUGUUAUAUAAUAUGAUUCUAUUUAGGUAUUCUCCUUCUUCUUCCUUCUGGGCCGUUUCGCACUUGGCCAUGUGAUUGGCCGUUGUGCGUUAUUUAGGUGUUAUUUACUUAGGAGUAGGUACAAUAAUUAAUAGUAAUUUUUCAUGUCUGUGGAUUUCUUAGGCCAACUGUGUGUGUUUGCUGAGCAGUGUCCUUUGCAAAAAUGUAAAAAGAUAAAGAAUGAGAGGAAGACCAAAGAACAAAUGGAUGAAGUGUGAGAGGAGUAGUCGUAUGAUAAGUUAAUGUAAGAGAAUGUCAUGUUGUGUGAUUGAAUUUGCUAAUCUAUACUAAUAUUAUAAAGCUGAAGAGUUUGUUUGUUUGUUUGUUUGGUUGAACGCGCUAAUCACAGAAACUACUGGUCCGAUUUGAAAAAUUUUCAGUGUUAGAUAGCCCAUUUAUCGAGGAAGGCUAUCGAUUAUAUAUUAUCCCUGUAUUCCUGCAGGAACGGUAACCACGCGGGUGACGCCGCAUGGCGUCUACUAGUAUAAUAUAAUAUAACUUUUGCUGCUGCUGGUGAUUUUCGAAAAUUUUGGAAUUGCUUUUAUUUUAAAUGUUUCUAAGUGCAAAAUAGUGCUAACAAUCAAUAUUUACGUUUCAGAUAAGAAAAAAUAUUUAUGAGUGAAGAUGGUUGUGCUUUUGCUGUGUUUGUAAAUUUGAAAUAAGUACUAUUUAAAAAAUCCAUAUUUAAAAAAAAAAUCUCGAGUAUAAAAUAAAAGCAAUCCAUUAUAAAAUGACCAUAAACUCAACUAAACACUAGGAAAGUUAAGUUUGUCGUUGGCGAAUGCCAUCGAUUUGAGAGGAAAAUAGUACUUCUCUGCAAACUUACUCUCUCUAAAAGACUUUCAAAAGUGUUUGUAAAUUGCCUAAUAUUAUGAUGUUAUUUAUGCGCUUAUGAAAUAAAUAAAAAGCGUUGAAAUGAAGGUUUCAGAAUGUUGUUGGCUCAUGCAGCGUGUCUAAGGCCUAAGUUAUGUAUAGUAGAGUAUCUUGAACGAGAGCGAUGUCAGCUAUUUCAUCAUCAUCAUCAUCAUCAUUGUCAGCCGAUGGACGUCCACUGCUGGACAUAGGCCUCUUGCAUGGACUUCCAAACAAAACGGUCUCGAGCCGCCAGCAUCCAGCGGCUCCCUGCAACCCGCUUGAUGUCUUCGGUCCACCUAGUGGGGACCGAAGACAUCAAGCGUAAUAGUCAGCUAUUUACGAGUACAUUAUAGUAAUUGUGCACGCAAGAUAAAUUUGCGCGUGGCCAAAACCGGAAUCAUCUUUCUCUAGGCGACUCAAAAUCCACAAUAUCUCAGCCCCGAAAGUUGCUGGAAGACAAUUACCGAGGGAGUAAAGAUACCCGCGUCUUACACGCGAGCAAGGAGGUUAAGCCUUGAGGCCUCAACCUCACCUCACCUCGCCUGUUUUACGGGAGGAGAAAACCCACACAUCAUAUCUCUAGGCGACCCAUAGGCAACAAGGCCACAGCCUCGAAAGGGGCUGGAAGAAAAUGACCGGGGGAGAAAUAUCCCCGCGCCUUACCCGAGCAAGAAGGCUAAGCCUUGAGGACCCCACCCGGAUUUUAUCAUCUGGGAGAUGACUUGCCUAUCUCUAGGCAGGGUAAAAGAGAUAUGUAAAGCUGGCAACACUAAGUCGCGCAAGCCGCGUGCACUUAUCCUGCGUGGCUGCGUGUACUCAUUCAAGAAACUUUUCUAUUGUGUAACUUAGUUCUAAGAUUAGAUUACAAAGUUUAGAUGUUUUUCCGCUUCAUUUUGGAAUAUUUGAUUAGAGUUUUGAAUUCGUCGUUCAUAGAAACACAAAGCUUACGAUUAUAGAUAUAAAUAGAUAACAUAAUAUAUUUAUGUAGAUGAAAUGCACAGAAUUAAACAGAAUUAGAUUUUUUUUCGCAACUGUUCAUAAUGUAUUGAGCUUGUUAGCGUGAAAUAAACAACUGUAGUUUUAAAAUGAAUUUGAAAAAUAGUUUAUACCAAAAAUACUUUUUUACGUAACUAAAUACAGAAAUAACCCUAAAAAUCCCAAUUUUCGUGAUUUUCGACAUAUUUUUACGCAUUCUUUCAAAUAAAUAAUUAUUUCGUAAAACCACGAAAUAGGUUUUAAAAUCAUUCUUUAAUUUUAUUGAUUCGGAAUUUCAUUAAAUUUAAAUAAAAUAAUUAAAAAACAAAAUACUUGUUCCUUCUAGAGUUUUCCUAUGUAAUUAUUAGUCCCAAUCACGUAAAAUGUGUAAACCAUAUAAUUAAUCGAAAUAAAUUAUAUAAAUAAAUAAUUAUUAAUUAACUUUGUUUGUACGCAUUUUUUACAUUAUCUGCCAUAAUCGUGUGAUAUUAAUGCUUAAAAGUAUUGUUAAAAGAAAAAUAAAAUUAUUUUUGAGUCUCGGAAGUACCCAAUAGUUUUAAUUAAAUUAUAUUAAUAUAAAUAAACUUGUUGUUAGUUAAAUAAAAAAACUAUCUUGUUGUUGGUUCUAAUAAAAGUAUAUUUAUUGAUUUAUUAUAUUUGAUUUAAUUAUUUGAUUUA